AUGGAAUAUCUGAAAUCCAUUGCAACGAAUCUGGAAAUUCUACUGUCGAAAUAUGGCGAAACCCAGAAGCAAAAGGGCGUAGAAGCUACCGAGGAAAAAGCCAAGAACGAGACAGGAAAUCGCAUCAAAAAGCCGUUGAACGCCUUCAUGCUGUAUGCGCAGGAGCAGCGCGCCCAAGUGCGCGCAGAAUCCAUGCUGACCGAAAUUACGACCAUUAACCGGAUUCUGGGUGAGAAGUGGCCCUCUCUGGAUGGCGCUGAGAAAAGCAAGUAUUACGCAAUGGCUAAACAGGAGCGCGACAAGCAUGCACACACCUAUCCCGGAUGGACAGCGAAAGACCACUGGGCGCUGCGCCGGCACCGGAAUCCGAAGCGUUUAAGGAAGGAGAAGGCGGCAGAACCGGAAAAAUGUCGAGCAGUACUGGGAAUCGAGCGCCGAGCGGAAUGGUGUAAAGGAUGUCGCCGCAAGAAAAAAUGCAUACGAUUCUCACAAAGCGCAGCGUUACCGUUCAACGGAGCAGAGAGUUGUCUGCCUGAUUCCACGCCGGCUGCGCCCGUGUCCGGUGUGACCUCAUCGUUGAUGUCGACGAAUGGAAUGGUCAGUGCAUCGUCGGCACAGUACCGUGCUGGUUCCCCGUCUUCGCCGACAUCGAGCAGUGGAGAAGCAACCAACGAGAAAGGAAACCGCAUCAAAAAUCCGUUGAACCCCUUCCCGCUGCACAUGAAGGAGCAGUGCGCCCAAGUGCGCGUCGAAGACCGGCUGACAGAAUUUGCGGCCAUUGAUCGCAUUUUGGACGAGAAGUGGCGCGCUUUGAAUGGCGCUGAGCCGAGCGAGUGUCAUGCAAUGGCCCCACAAGAGCGCGAAAUGCACACGGCGCUGACCUAUCCCGGACGGACAGCUAAGGUCAACUACGCUCUGUCUCGUGGCCACUGCGGGAAGAGGCGCAUACGGAAGAAGGAGAGGCAGGAUGAACCGGGAAAAUGUAGGAAGGUACUGGGAAUCACCCGUCAAGCGGAAUGGUGUAGAGCAUGCCGAUGCAAGCAGAAGUGUACACGAUUCUCGCAAAACGCCGCUCUUCCGCUCAACGAGGAAGUGAGCCAUCUGCCUGAUUCAACGCCGGCUGCAUCCGUGUCCGAGGUGUCCUCAUCGAUGCCGGUUCUCGCAUCGUCCGCUGAUUCAACGGCCGGAUUUCAUCAACUGGACUUCACCAACACAUCUCCGGAGUUAAACUGGCUGAACACGUACCUGCCGUUGUCAGUUUCUGAUUUCAUGGACCAAAACAGUGCCAUUGACAUUACGGACACCUGUUUUGACGUCCCGGAUCUGUGA